UAAACAACACCGCAUGUGGAUGAGGAAGUGCCUCUUCUCAAAUUUCCUGUGUGAUGCUGCAGCCUCCGACAGCAGCCAGGAGCAGACAAUAAAGAGCUUCUACAUGAGCCGCAGAUCACCUGUGAGGAGAGAAGAAACACACCUGUUGUUGACAACGGUUGUCUUCAAUCAGCAAACAGGAUGGCGUUCAGAGGCACCGUAAAACCUUUCGUCAACUUCAACGCUAAACACGAUGCUGAAAUCCUCCAUAAAGCCAUGAAAGGAUUGGGUACGAAUGAAGAUACGAUCGUCAUGCUUCUGACUGCACGCAGCAACGAUCAACGCCAGCAAAUUAAGGCAGCUUACAAAAAGGCCUACGGAAAGGACUUGGUCAGCGCUCUGAAAUCGGAGCUCGGUGGGCUGUUAGAGAGUCUGAUUGUGGCCUUGAUGACCCCACCUGCUUUAUAUGAUGCUUCCCAACUGCACAAGGCUCUCAAGGGCGCCGGGACUGAUGACAACGUGCUGAUUGAGAUCCUGGCCUCCCGGACUGGCGAAGAGAUUGAAGAUAUCAUCAAAGUGUACAAGAAAGAGUUCAGCGGAAAGCUGGAGAAAGAUAUCUGCGGUGACACCUCAGGGCACUAUCAGAAACUACUGGUGAUCCUCCUGCAGGGGAGCAGGGAGGAGGGAGUAGACGAGGAGAAGAUCGAGAAAGACGCUAAGGACUUGUUUGCUGCUGGUGAAGGGAAGUUUGGCACAGAUGAAGAGACAUUCGUCACAAUUCUUGGCAACAGAAGCGCAGAACAUCUCAGAGAAGUGUUUGAUGCCUACAAGAAGCUCUCUGGCUCUGAUAUAGAGGACAGCAUUGAAGGAGAGACCACUGGGCAUUUGGAGAACUUACUGGUAGCUAUUGUGAAAUGUGCCAGAAGUGUCCCAGGGUUUCUUGCUGAAUGCUUGUAUAAAUCUAUGAGGCGUGCUGGAACUGAUGACAACACCCUGAUGAGGAUAAUGGUGUCGCGGAGUGAGGUGGACAUGUUGGACAUCAGAGCCAGCUUCAAAAAGACUUAUGGAGUGUCUCUUCACUCCACAAUCCAGGAGGACACAGCUGGAGACUACCAGAAGGCUUUACUCUACCUUUGUGGAGGGAAUGAUUAAUGCUGUUUUAUGAUGUGUUUAGCAGCACUGAAUGAUGAGCUGCCACGGUACUGCGAGACUAAGCUACACAUGAGAUGAACUUAUUGAUCUAGUGUUGUUGAUUCUUUUUCACUUUAGCUUGAUUGAAUUAGUGUGAUUUAUCCACUUGUCAUUUUUGACUUAUGACAACAUCCUCUGCAUGAAGAGAGUGCAUUGACUUAAACAUUUAUUUCGUUUUUGUUUAAUAUUAGACAUAAUUUAAACAGAAAACAGCUCAAUAAUGAGUACAUGUGCAGUUUUGAUUUUAAUAUAGAGAAGAAAGGUAGCUAUGUAUGAAAUAACUUCAUUUUUUAACACUUCAAUUACUUUGUGCUGUGAUUUUUUGUCAGAUUUACACAUGUAUGUUUUACACAUGUAUGUUAGCAGUUGUUUUCAGUGCUCUCACAGCAUGUGUUAAAUGCAAUUUAGAAAAUCCAAUACUGCUGCUGAAUUAUUAAACACUACAUUUCGACAGCUCUCCUGCUCUCAUUAAUUACAAAUGAACUGCUGAUCCAGACUUGAAUUGUAAUACGACAGUCAGUGAUUAAUAAGUAAUGGGACACUAUUAGACACUUGUUGACUCAUAAAGACGUCUGCUGC